UCAAACAUCUGGAAGUGCUUGCUGCUACUACUCACUUCACACUCAGUAACGUUGAGAGGAAUACCACUACCAGAGAAGAUGUCCUUCCUAAAAGUAGAUGCUUCUUCAGAUUUCUCCUUCCACAACCUCCCUUAUGGAAUCUUCUCCACGCCUGAUCAUCCCAAACGUCGCAUUGGUGUUGCCAUUGGAGACCAGAUUUUGGACCUCAGUGUGAUUAUGUCUUUGUUUCGAGGACCCGUGAUGUCCAAACAUCAGGAUGUCUUUGCGCAGGCCACACUGAAUGCUUUCAUGGCUCUUGGCUUUGAGGCCUGGACAGAGGCCAGGAGGACCCUGCAGAUGUUGCUGUCAGCCAACGAGAGCACGCUGAGGGAUGAUGUCAGCCUUCGGAGCAGAGCAUUUGUCCAUCAGAGUGCAGCCACCAUGCACCUUCCUGCAGACAUUGGGGAUUACACAGACUUCUACUCCUCCAGAGACCAUGCCACCAACGUCGGCACCAUGUUCCGGGGGAAGGAGAAUGCUCUGAUGCCAAACUGGUUAAGGCUUCCAGUGGGAUACCAUGGUAGAGCCUCAUCAGUGGUUGUUUCUGGAACCCCCAUCCGCCGCCCUUCAGGCCAGAUGAGACCUGAUCAGACAAAACCUCCCGUGUUUGGCCCGUCUAAGCAGUUAGACAUUGAGCUGGAGAUGGCCUUCUUUGUUGGAGGGGGGAAUCAGCUCGGGGAGCCCAUUCCCAUUGGGAAAGCCCAUGAACACAUCUUUGGCAUGGUACUCAUGAAUGACUGGAGUGCCAGGGACAUCCAGGCGUGGGAGUAUGUUCCUCUUGGUCCUUUCCUGGGGAAGAACUUUGGGACAACUAUCUCACCCUGGGUCAUCCCAAUGGAGGCACUGUUGCCCUUUGCGGAGCCCAACCCUAUCCAGGACCCAGAGCCCCUCCUCUACCUUCAGCACCCAGACGCUUACACUUUCAACAUUAAUCUGUUUGUGUCACUUAAAGGACAAGACAUGUCCGCGGCUGCAACCAUCUGCAAGUCAAACUUUAAGUAUAUGUACUGGACCAUGAAACAGCAGCUCACCCAUCACACAGUCAAUGGUUGCAACAUGAGACCUGGAGACCUGCUGGCUUCUGGAACCAUUAGUGGACCUGAUUCAGAGAGUUUUGGAUCCAUGCUGGAGCUGUCAUGGAGGGGAUCUAAGAACAUUAAUCUGGGAGGAGGAGAAACCAGAACGUUCCUGAUGGAUGGAGAUGAAGUUACCAUCACAGGUUUCUCUCAAGGAGAUGGAUACAGAGUUGGAUUCGGACCUUGCAUGGGAACCAUUCUUCCUGCCUUGCAACAUUGAAACACGUCUUGUUGUUUAAGUGAGCGUCCUUCUGUGGAACAUAUACUGUAUACUUGAAGACACAAGCUUACACACCCAAAGUGUCUCACCCUGUCAUUCAAUAUUCCAUGAAUGAUACUACAAGCAAAAACGGUGUUUAGAAACUCAUAUGUGCCCUGUUACAAACACACAUCUUUCUCUUAAAUUGUGUGUUUUCAUCUGUAAUUGAUGAGUUUUUCUCAGAGUCAGUUGACUUUAUUUGUCUUUUUAGAGUUGCAUUUCUCUACUAACCUUUUUAUAAAAAUCCUCUAAAACGUGCAUCUAGUAGAUCACAUCACA